AUGGAAAUCCACUCACUUACGCAUAUCGCAGGCAUGGGAACUAGUCACCUCGAGUAUGGAUUCCCUUCUACGCAUUCCACCACGGCUGUCGCACAGGCAUUAGUACUGAAGCAAUGGCUAGACGAGUCUGAUAUGUCUGAUACAGUCAAGGUUGGUCUGCACUUGCUCCUCAUUAUAGCCACUUCAAGUGUGGUCUUUGGGAGAUUCUACUGUGGUAUGCACUCCUCACUUGAUUGUAUUGGUGGAGUGAUUACGGGCUAUUUAAUCUACACGACGCGGUCGCUCUUUGGUCCUUCUUACCAAGUGUUUAUCAGUAAUACGUCGUGGUUUACCCCUCUUUCGCUUACUGUAGUGUGUCUGUAUGCUAUACAUGCACACGUCGAACCAGCAGAAGACAAUCCAGCAUUCGAAGAUUCAGUUGCGUUCAUAUCAGUAUUCCUUGGAAAUGGUAUAGGAGAGUGGUUUGCCAAUACCAACGGAUACGGACACAGUACGUAUUUCGUUACGAAAUUGCAAGGCUGGGAGUGGUAUCUGGCCUCGUUGCUCAAGUAUCCGCUCGGAGUGGGGAUGAUAUUUCUCACUAGAUUACUCACCAAGCCGUUUAUGCAAGUGUCUCUGCCGCCAAUGUUCAGGCUGCUGCACAGGGUGGUUACACUGCCGAAUCGAAGAGAAUUUGUGCCUGCGACGGAGUACACUGAUUACAGAAACUCAAAUGACAAACUCGAUCCUGUACCAUCUGUCGUUGAUCUCAGACAGUUGCAACAGAGGAAGGAGGAUGCAGCACAGACGCCGCAGCCACUGCCAGAACGGUUCAGUGGACGUCACUAUGAUGCUGAGGUGAUGACACGGGUAGUGGCAUACGCAGCUAUGGGAUUCGUAGGUACGAUAGUGUCGCCGAUAGUGUUUGAGAAGCUUGGGUGGGGCUUGUAUUGA